AUGAGUUUCCUCGGUGCGGACUGCCUUCGGCCUCACUCAUGGAGCAAGAAAUUGUCCGGCAUUGGAGUCAGUGUCAAAGAAGAGAUCAGCGAAGAUGGCAUUGAAGAUACAUGCCUGGAAAUUAAAGAGGACCCGCUUGAUUAUGGAGAUGAAGCGAGAAAUGAUGUGUGUAACAUGGAAUACUCGUGUAACUUGGAUCAGGACUGUAGUGACAUGUCAAAAGUGUCAUUUUGGGCUAAGGACUGUGGGAAGACGUGUUCAUCAGAUGGGGUUAAAGUGAUGUGCGAGGGAAGACAGAAGGAGGAUACACAACUGAAAGUGGAGAAGCCAUACAAUUUUGAAAUUUGCAAUAAGACAUUCCCAUCCAAAAGCGAUCUAGAAAAGCACGUUGACAUACAUACAGAGCGGAAGCCAUACAACUGUGAAAUUUGCAAGAAUACCUUCUUAUGGAAAAGUUAUCUGGUGAGGCACAUGAGAACACAUACAAAGGAGAAGCCAUACAGCUGCGAAAUUUGCAACAAUGCAUUCUCAUGUAAAAAGAGUCUGUUGAGGCACAUGAGAACACAUACAAAGGAGAAGCCAUACAAAUGUGGAUUUGCAAUAGCUUCUCUGAGAAAUGCCUUCCUCUCGGAGAUGUCAUCUAUUAGCCACAUUAAGUACACACAAGGAGAAACCAUAGAAAGCUGUAGAUUUUCAUACAAGGCCUUCUCAUAUAAAGGUAGUCUAGAUAUUCAUAUGCAAGGCUAA